AUGGCAUCUGCCUACCCGCAGGACUCGUCUUUAGUGCAGCGGCAUAAACGCAGGGGGGCUGCUCUCAGCUGUGCCGAGGUAUGGUGUAGUCGUGUGUUUCCUUGCAGUAAUUGCGUGAAAAAGGGAUGUGGUCCCAUAUGUCCUGACGGGUCUUUGACGACCGGCAAGGGAAAUCGUUUCGUCCUCGCCAAUACUGAAGCGCUCCACGAUAAGAUUGGACAAUUAUCUACCCGUGUGCGACAGCUCGAAGACGCCCUUGCUGAAUCACAUUCUCUCAAUUCCCCCCAUCCUCAUCCUUUACUGAGUGAAGAGCUGUUACAGAUUAAGCGGCCACUGGAACGAGAGAGACUUGAUGAGCAAACCCAGAAGGAGAAUCACGCCGAAAAUGUGGACGCCAUCAAUGCUCUUGGCUCCCUCUCAUUGUCAGAACGAGGACGAUCGUCGUUCUUUGGCCAAGCUGCCAAUUCCUGGUAUCUCCUGAAGAACGAAGAAGGUUCCGAAGAAGAUGAUGAUAUGCCCACCAACUUUGAAAUUACAAUCCCCGUGGAAUUGCCAUGGCUUGAGCAUGCAUUUCCGUUCACUCCAUCUGUUAGCAGAUGUGCUGAAGAGAUUCGACACGCUCUGCAUAGUUAUCUACCUAGCGCAUCUGUGGCUAGACGACUGUCAGAACAAUACUACCGACAUGCGGCUUGGAUGUAUACACCCAUCAACCAUAAAGACUAUUUUGAAACCAUCUUUCGCCCCGUCUACGAACAAGAGUACCCUUAUGGCGAGGCGAUCAAUUCUCACAGUCUAGCUCUCCUCUUCAUGGUCCUGGCCAUGGGUGCGCUGAUGGACCUUGAGUUGCAGGCACAUUCACCCGAAGCGAUGCAAUAUUAUCAACUAGCUAAAGCUGCAUUAUCCAUCAAUUCUGUCUUUGAGGAGCAGUCAAUACCGGGAAUCCAGGCCUUAUUUGUCAUGUGCCAUUUCAUGUUUUGGAAUGAUAUCGAAGCUCGUUGGGUAAUGAUGGGAAUUGUAGUCAAGUUGGCGCAAAGUGUCGGACUCCAUCGUGAUAGCGGAAAGUGGAACCUUGAUCCAGAAGAAUCCUACCGGAGACGUUGUCUUCUAUGGGAGUUAUACGUCUACGAUUCAUGGCAGUCUCUCACUUACGGAAGGCCUCCAUCCUUCGCUAACGUCCAUGUGGACGCCAAGUUUCCUCAAGAUGCCUCAGGUACUCAUAAUGCCAAUGGAGAAAUGAGCUUUUCCGCUUGGAAGCACGCAUUCGCCUCAGACUGUCUGUCCAUUGUUCAUGAUCAAGCCUUUGGUGCACGCCCGCCCAGCUACAAAAUAUUACAAGACUUAGACAGAAAGGUACGGUCUUACUAUGUUCCUCCGAGCCUCCAGGUACCUGGAUUUGGUGGCGCGAGGAUGGGGCCGGAACUUGAUCAACCUUCGACGCAGUUGACAAUGCAGCGUUACAUUGCAUUUGCGAUCAAGGAGAUCACACUUUUUUAUAUGCAUCGAGGGUUCUUUGCUCAGGCUCUUGAGGAUCAUCCUUUAGAUCCUAUGGGUAGCAAGUAUGCGCAGUCAGUGCUGGCUGCAUAUACUAGCGCCUGCUCGUUCGUGGGACUGGUGGAGAGCCUAUUUAAACAACAUCCCACUUUAACGGAACGCAUGUGGUUUUUGUUUACCCACGUCUUUUCUUGUGCAAUCGUUCUUGGUUCAAUCGCCAUGAAAGCCCAGAUGGCUCUUGCCCCAUCGGCGUUGUCGCAUUUGGAAUCUGCCCAUCAACUUUUCUCCCAAGUUUCGGAAAGUUCCAGGACAGUAAAGAUACUUGCCGUUCUCCUGAAGCUCAAAGAACGAGCGCAUACGGCUCUUUCGAAGGUACGCGGACUCGUACCGCCUGACACUAUAUCCCGUUCCUAUUCCGUCGUCCAUAUCAAAGAAGAAGUUGAUGAAUUCGCAGCCCUGGGAGGUACGACGCGACUUGUUUCGCGGAGAACAUCUUCUCUGCCUUCUUCCCCUUCUUCCCAGGCUGGGUCUAGUCCUGUGUCUCAGCCUGCAUCUCCGCCCGGCCCCGCUUCGCCUAUCACUCAAGAGCUGCAAGGCGGCUACCAAUCGAUGCAAGAAUCUGUGAACCAGUGGCAAACCUAUACCCCUCAGCCGCAACAGGAAUAUCAGUUGGCAGAAUACCCGUUAUACCCGCACAUGCCUCUUCAAUCAGAAAGCGCCAUGGCAUAUAACAUACCCCAGAACCAACAUGGAAUGUCAUUGGAUGUUAUGCCCGAGUAUUAUGGAUAUAGCAAUGGCAAUGGGGCCAAUGUUAGAAUUGGAUAUGGGCAGUAUACUAUGCAGCAUCCCGGGGAAUACAGUGCAACACCGGAUCAUGAUCUACAGGUUUCGUGGUCGAAUUUUAUGGCGCAGUACAAGCAGAUCUAACAUGUUUUUGGUGAACCUUUUUGAUCUCGGUUGAUUCUCAGAUGUAUUUUUUUGUCAUGUACUUGUAUCGCUCUAGUUUCUGCUACGUAUUACAGCUAUGUAUCUUUAUCGCAAGGACAAAUAUCCUUCUUGUUUAUAUUGCACUUGAAGCCUAUUCUC